ACACAGCUAAUCAUUGACAAUGUGUUAGUUUGACUCACACCGCACACUCAAGCACACACACACACACACACACACACGUGAACAUUUCCCUUUUCUCAUUGAAUUAACAGCAGUUGUUCUUUAAUUGCACCCACAGGACCAGGAGGAAGAGAAGUGCUAGCAGUACUGUGACAGUUUUAUUAUUACUUAACCAUUACAGAAUAACAUGAACACCAUAUCCUGUACAUUUGAACACUUCCGCUUAAACACAACUUCAUCUGUUUUCUUUCGCUUUGAAUAAUCAAAAACAUGAUGGCUGAAUACUUUUGAGUCACAAGAAUGAUCAUACGUUAAAAACAGAACUAAAUGAAGGAAAGGAAGAAAGCAGAGCUAUGUAAGAGGCAGACAGAUAAAGGAGGAUAUAUGAAAAUAACAAUAAAAAAAUGUGACGAAGACGAGAACAGGAAGCGAAAAAAGAAUUGUCUAGGAAAUGAAAAUACAAAGGCAGAAGCUCAAGAGAGAGAAAUUGAGGUGUGCAGGUUUGAGAGGGAGGGUUACAUUUCAUUAGAAUAAAUUGUUGAAAAGCAAAUUAAACUUUGGAUCCUGACUACAGCUACACUAUGGGUGAGUCAAGUAUCUGCCAAGUAAGAGCAACAGUCAUGCUGUAUGAUGAGGUCAACAAGCGAUGGGUGCCAGCGGGAUCUGAGCCUCCUUCCUUCAGCCGAGUCCACAUCUAUCAUCACCCUGUGGCUAAUACCUUCAGAGUGGUGGGCCGCAAACUGCAGGCUGACCAGCAGGUGGUGAUCAACUGUCCUAUUGUCAAAGGGAUAAAGUACAACCAAGCCACAACAAACUUCCAUCAGUGGCGGGAUUCCAAACAGGUGUGGGGGUUGAACUUCGGCAGUGAAGAAGAUGCUGCUCUUUUUGCCGACUCCAUGAUGCAUGCAUUACAGGCUCUUCAUUCCCCAGCAGGCACAGGCCCGGCUCAGACUGGACCCUCUGCACAGGAGAUGGACAGGCAUGCAGGAGCUGAGUGUCAGAGGCAGGAGACGGAGACCUCCACAGCUGCAGCUGCCCCUGCUGCCCCUGCUGCUCCUCUUGCCCCGGCCGCCAUUCCACCCGCCCCCCCUGGACCCCCACCACCUCCUGGCCCACCACCACCACCUCCUGCUGGGGGUGUGCUCCCACCUGCACCACCCCCUCCCCCUUCAGGCGGAAGUGGAGGUGGUGGAGGUGUAAACAAUCUGGCGGCAGCUCUGUCAGGAGCCAAACUGCGUAAAACAGUGAAGGAUGAGGGAGGAGCAGCAGUUCCACCCCCAACAUCAGCAUCCUCCUCUGGUGGAGGUGGAGGAGCUGGUAUAAUGGGAGAAAUGAGUGCUAUCCUUGCUCGGAGGAGGAAAGCUGCUGAUAGUCCUGCUGCAAAGAACAUAGACCCUGAGAAUGAGGAUACUGACUCCCCAAAGUUCUCAGAACCGGGAGUAAUACAUCUUUCAUCAGAAAUCGGUGGAAAGUUGAAAGAAAAACAUGCUACAAUUCCAAGGCUCCACUCCUUGAGUAACAAUCAAAAGGACUCCAGCCGCUCCUCCACUAAUCCCUCCUCUAACUCAGCCAGUACCCCAGGGUCCAGAAUGAAGGUGGGGAAAAAGAACUCGGAUGGCUACGGAGAUGAAAUUGAAGGAAUCAAACAGGAAAUUAUUGAAGAAGUGAAAAAAGAACUUCAAAAAGUGAAGGAGGAUAUUAUCACAGCUCUGAUGCAGGAGCUGCAACAUGCAGAGCCAAAGGUUGAAGAUUAAAAUAUCCAAAAACUAUACCAAAUAUGUGAAUGUUUGGCAUUCAAUGCUUGCAAUUAAUAUAUUUUAACAUGAUAAAAAAAAAUAUCAAUGCCAAUUCAUCAUCUCUAUUAAUCGUUGUGUCUUUCCAAAUGUCUCUGUGGUAGAGUUUGGAGCAUGACCAAUACUGGAUUUUAAAGGCCAAGACAAUUUUUGAUAUUUAACACAAAGGAUUAAGACAUACUGUAUUGACAAUUUUAUUUUUUAGAUUUAUUCAAAAUGCAUUAUAUUGUUUUUAAUAGUUUAUCCUAUGUUUUGGGUCAAAAACAAUGAAGUCAAUCAAAUAAAAAUGAGUAACACAGCUGUCAGCUGUUGAAGAAUAAAACGGAAAGCAGUUCCCUUUAUAAAGUAGUGAGUGUAAGAAAAAACUAACAUUUUAAAGAGAUCAUAUAUAUAUAUAUAUACAGUUGUGGCUAAAAGUUUUGAGAAUGACACAAAUACAAAUGUUCACAAAGUC